UUCCUCAUUAUAUUACUUACGAGAACAAAUCAGUUUAAUUGGAGUCUUUUAUGUUCUUUCUUUUAAGCACUCCAACAUUGCAACCAUGGUUAGGCUACUACUGUUGUUCGCUCUCUGUGCGCUUCCGGCUCUCGUUAGCGCUCAUCUUCCCACCGGUAAACCCUUCUUCAUCAAAGGCCGCGUUUACUGUGACACUUGCCGUGCCGGGUUCGAGACCACCGCCACCACUUACAUUGCCGGUGCAAAGGUGAAAAUGGAGUGCAAGGACGGGGACACACUGAGGGUAAAGUACAGCUUGGAAGUAGUGACAAACGAAAACGGAACAUAUGAGAUAAUGGUAGAAGACGACCACGAGGACCAGAUAUGCGAGUGCGUGCUGGUGAGCAGCCCCGUUACCGACUGCAAAGUGGCCGACGAGGGACGCAGCAAGGCCAGCGCCUUGCUCACUGGCUACAUGAACGGCGUCGUUAAUAGAAAGCAUAUUGUCAACAAUAUGGGAUUCUUGAAGGACCAGCCCUUGCCCGGCUGUCCAGAGCUCCUCAAGACGUAUUUUCCCACUGAUGAAGAGCAGUAAUACUACUAUACUAUAUCGUUUAGAAUGUCAAUCGAUUAUCAGCAUAAACUAUUUAGGAUAAUUCAUUAUUAUGUGCUGCUGUUUUUUCUUUGUGGUACCUCUUGUACCUGUUAUAUGUUUCUUAAUGACUAUGUGUAAUAGUCUAUGAGCAACAAAGUUACAUGAUGUAAUUGAUUGUUUCAUGAUCAGUUUCAUAUUAUUAUUGCAUAA